AUGGCCACACCCGAUGACGUCGAACACUGGGAGGACCAGGAUGGCGAAGCCACCAACAUGGCCGAGGCCUAUCGUGAGCUCGCUAGGUACAACCAGCUCCUCUGCCACGGCCGCGCCGCCCAAAGAGACCCUGACCCUGCUAACAAGUUUCAUUGUGCGUCGGUAUACAGAGCCGAACGCACUGCCCAGGCCCUCGAGUCCAACCUCUCCUCCCUCGAGACCAAGUUGGAUGACAUACUCGCUGCCCUCGAAUCCAGAGAAGGUGCCGCCAACCAGGUCCCCACGGAGAGGAACGGCACCGCGGAUAUGAUUGCCACCAAGAACGACGCCGCAUCUGAUGUUGCCCAGGUUGCCACGCCAGUGAACCGCAAUCGUGCCGAAGAGACGCCUUCGGCCGACAGCGAGAAUAAAAAAUAG